AUGUACACUCGCUCGAGCCAUAGCUGUCUCUUGCAGCUGUUUCUGGUGCUGGCUGCCGUCAUAAGCGAGCUGCUGGCGCCCCCCAAUGCGACAGUUGACCCCUUGGACCCCACUACCCAGCACAUCGGCUGCGGGCUGGCAACCGUCUCCCAGCUCGGCACGGCCCUUGCUGCGCUGGAGGCCAAGCUCGCCGCAGCCAUCAGGGGCCUGUCAAACGCGACGACCCAGGCCAACACCACCGCGACAGACGCCGCCUUCGCCCAGCUGACGCAGGACUUGGCGGCGCUGACGGGGCAGGUGGAUGCUUUGGAGGCCAGCGUGGCAGCCCUCAAUGCCACAACCCAACAAGUCAGCGCCGACACGGCCGCUGCGAUCGCGGCGCUCAAAGUCAGUUUGCAGCAGCUCGCGGCCAAUACCACGGCCGCGGUCGCGUCCCUCAAGGCCGGCCUGCAGCAGCUGCAGGCGAACGCGAGCGCGGGCAUUGCAGAACUCAUGGGCGACCUGCAGGCCGUCAACGCGAGCACGAGCGGCCUGCUGCGCGUCGGCGACGCGAUCGACGCCGCCACCUUGGGCGGCGUGGCGCCGGCUGGCUACGUGCGCGUCCCCACUCGCGUCGCGCUGUACGCCCUCGGCGCGACCCUGCAAGGCAACCUCGGCGGCCGCGCCGGCGCGGACAGGUCCUGCCAGUCGGACGCCGGCCGGCCCGCCGGGUUCCUGAACGCGCGCGCGCUGCUGAGCGUCUCCUCGACAGACACCAUCGCGGCCAUGCCCACCCUCUACGGCGUCCCCACCAACCUGCCGAUCACGUCCGCCGCCGGGGCGCCGAUCGCCGCCAACUGGGCGGACAUGCUGGAUGGGUCCCUGCCGGCGUCGUUCGCCGGGGCGGGCGUCACGACCUCUGCCGUGUCUUGGACCGGGGCCACCAGCAGCGGCGGCUACGCGCAGGGCGCAGAUUGCGCAGGCUGGUCCUCCGCCAGCAGCGGCGCGUCUGGGGGCGCCGGCGACCCGACCGCGAGCAGCAACGGCAGCUACCUUUCGGGCUUCAACAUCACUUGUGACAGCCUUGCAGCCGUGAUCUGCCUCGUGUUCUAG